UUCACUGUACACGCUGUUGCAUCAUGGUUUACCAGCUUCCACAUGGUCACCGAUCACAUUCACAAUUUCACAUACACGCACUGGGCGUAGUGCAAGAUACUACAGGCUGUAGCUGCUUUACUAUUGGCUCAUCAGCAUCGGAAGGCCGCGUGUCAGCGUCGGAUGAACAAAAGAUAGAGGGACCGAGAGGAAAUCAGAGAGAGACGCAGCAGACCGGCAGACGGGCAGCAUGCAGGUCCAGAGGAGUCGGACAGAGGGAGAAACAGGUUUCCUGAUGAGCAGGACGUCGUUUUAGUCUUUAUCAAGUCUAAGUCUGGUUUCUCCGACAGUCACUCGUGUUCUUUAAAGCGUCACUGCGGUUUCCAGUAGUAACCGAAUGAGGAAACCACUCAGUUGUGCGCCUCUUCGCUUCCUGCCUCCUCUCUAGCAGCCAUCUACCGACUGAGCAGCGGCGACAAGAAGAAAAAAAAAACACCAAACCGGCAUCAUGGUGGCCGGUGAGCUCGUGCAGGAGCAUCUGCGCGCGGAUACCGGCGCACCUGACGACAUCACGGUCGGCAGGAAGAGUCCCGAGCUGGAGGGCGCAGCCGAGCGCUACGCGGAUCCGAAAUACGAAGCUGCGCCGACGGGCGGGGCGGGGGAGGCAGACACCGACCCCGCGCUGGAGCAGGAGCAGGAGAAGGAGGCGCCGCCGGAUGAAAGAGAGGCGAUGCUGCCCAACGGAGGAGGAGGGGAGGCGGAGGAGGAGGAAGGGAAGAAGCUGGAGACGAAACUGUACCGGCGCCGGUUCGCCGUGCUGACCGUUUUCAGCCUGUACUCUCUGGUGAACGCCUUCCAGUGGAUCCAGUACAGCAUCAUCACCAACGUGUUCACCCGGUACUACGGGGUGACCAACGACAAGGUGGACUGGCUCUCCAUCGUCUACAUGGUCGCCUACGUGCCUCUCAUCUUCCCGGCCACCUGGCUGCUGGACCGGAGAGGUCUGCGGCUCACGGCCCUGCUGGGCGCCGGCCUCAACUGCGUCGGCGCCUGGCUCAAGUGCGCCAGCGUGAACCCCGAGCUGUUCGGAGUCACCGUCACCGCGCAGGUCAUCUGCUCCGUGGCGCAGGUCUUCAUCCUCGGCCUGCCGUCCCGCAUCGCCUCCGUGUGGUUCGGACCCCGGGAGGUUUCCACCGCGUGCGCCACGGCCGUGCUCGGGAACCAGCUGGGAACAGCCAUAGGCUUCCUGUUGCCUCCAGUUUUAGUUCCCAACACGCCGGACGACAUUGAGCUGAUGGGCCACAACAUCAGCAUCAUGUUCUACGGUACCGCCGCUGUCUCCACGGGCCUCUUCAUCCUCACGGUCAUAGUCAUAAAGGACCGUCCCACCCUCCCUCCCAGUCAGGCCCAGGCUGUCCUACCAGACACUCCUCCUGAGGAUUACUCCUACAAACAGUCCAUCCUCAACCUGAUAAAGAACAAAGCCUUCGUCCUGCUCCUCAUCAGCUACGGUAUAAUGACCGGCUCCUUCUACUCUGUCUCAACACUUCUCAACCAGAUGAUCAUGGCCUGCUAUGAGAACCAGGAGUUGAACGCCGGGAGAAUUGGUUUGACCCUGGUUGUUGCUGGGAUGGUUGGAUCCAUCCUCUGCGGCCUGUGGCUGGACCACACCAAGACGUACAAGAUGACGACUCUGAUCGUGUACACCCUGUCGUUUCUGGGCAUGGUGGUCUUCACCUUCACUCUGGACCUCAACAACAUCUACCUGGUCUUCUUCACUGCUGGAGUCCUGGGGUUCUUCAUGACGGGUUACCUUCCUCUGGGCUUUGAGUUUGGAGUGGAGAUCACCUACCCAGAGUCCGAGGGGACAUCAUCAGGGCUUCUCAAUGCUUUCGCUCAGAUAUUCGGGAUCAUUUUCACUCUGAUUCAGGGCCAACUGACCACAAAUUACAGUCCACUGGCUGGAAACCUCUUCCUCUGCGCCUGGAUCUUCCUUGGAAUAGUGCUCACUGCCUUAAUCAAGUCAGAACUGAAAAGACACAAUGUCAACAUGGGUGCAGACAGCAGCCACCUACAAGCACUCCCUACUGAGUGUCCCGGGGACAACCCUUCAGAGAAGAAAGCCAACGGAGUCAAGCUGGAGCCCACGGUCAGCUUCUCCACUGAAACCUCACUGUGACCCUGCCAAGCCACUGAAUCACGGGACAAUAAGAAGGCCUCCCUGCUGCACCACAGUCUUUGUGAUGUACCUAAAGGUGUACUUGAUUUUUAUAGCCAGGUAUAAUGUCCUCAAUAUUUGGAAAGGUGAAAGCUCUGGAUUUGAGCCGAGUCUAAUCAAGCACAGCCACAGUCUACACUGGAUACAGACUGGGCAGGGCGACCAGCAAGGAUCAGAGGGAGCUGGUUAAAUCUCCACCCAACACUUCUCUGCAGAGGGAUCCAGGUCCCUCGAGCUCCCAGACAUUUGUGUAGAAGAAGCAUUACCUCCAGCUUUCCAGUUUCAUCCUGGAAAAGUUGUUUUGGAUUGGUUAAAAAAAGUAUGCAAGCAAUGGCAUGCAGAAGAAGCUCCACUGCACUUUAUUUGUAAAGUACUUUGUGAGGCGUGGUGCUUGUAGUUUGGUUACUGGAUGCAAAUCCGGCUUUGAAGGAAAACAGACUGGUAAAACAAGCAUCCAACUCACCAUCACGUUUCUUGUCAGAGUCUGCAGGUGUGCGGGCGCAGGAAAUAGAGAGCUGUUCUUCUUGGUUCUGUCCUGUGGCCUCUGCCCACCGCACAGGGCCAACAUUUCCUGAGUUUACUUGAAUUAUUCUUUGAAGCUCUGGACUGGACUGCAGCUGUAAACGUCAUAUUAUGUUAUUGUUUCAUUUACAUACAACAGUGGCUGUGUCGGUAAUCCUAGAGGAACUUUGAUUCACAUUUGUGCUGGAUUUGGAAAAAUGAACGUAAAUCAUGUUUAUUUUACGACAAGUCUGUCACAAGACAAGAAGCAGCUGCAAAUAAUUCUGCAUGGUUUGCUUUAGUCUGCACAAUCAUGGGUGGACUUUGUCAUGAAUGAUAUGACAGUACGUCCUUUAAGCUCUGGACAAAUACAAAGUCCAUGAAAGUAAAUGUGUCUCAUGCUGCUGACAUCAUUUAAAAUUCACCUGGAAAUCCACAGGUUUUUAUUUGCAGCUUCUUUUUCCACGCAGGUUUACAUAUGAAUGUUGAGAUACAUAAAUAUCUGGAGUUGAACUGUGCCUACCUGGUUCAGCUUAGUUCAGCCAGGAUGACAAGUCUUUAUGUUAAAGUCCAGUGGAUGAGGCUUUCAGAUUUCAGAGGUCCAAAGAGAGUGGAAGGUGAAGUUAUGUUAGGAUCCUGACAUAACUAACACCAAAAAUAAAAACACUAUGCUCAUUACUCAUUUAAUUCUAACAGUAAAUUAGAAGGAAUUCUCCGAACUUUUGGUUUAGCUGUCAUAGUUUUUUAAUCAAGUUCAGAUCACAGUAAGUCCUAGCAAGGCAUCAGUGACACCUUGAAGAAAAGUGACAAACUUGUUUUGAUGAUAUCUUCAUGUGGCUCCGACUAAAAGAGCUGAAGAAGACCAUGACAUUAGAGAAACAACUAUCUGCUGUAGUUAAUUAGAAUAUGUACUGUAUGUAAUAUGUGGAUGGCUUGUACAACAGAACUAAUGUGCUGCAGUGUUUUCCUACACAAGCCACUAUGGACCAAACAGAAUGUGAACAUUCUGAGUUCAGUGCACAAUAAGAAACGCACGCACAACUUCAAGUUUUCUACUCAAAUGCAUGACUUCAAAUGUGUUUUUAAUGUCGACUCCUGUCUGUCACUGUGCUGUGAAUCUGUAAGUCACUACUGCCAUACAGACAUGGAGGCAUGAUAGAAGCAUAGCGCCAUCUUGUGGGUAUUCCGCAGUAGUAACAAAGUGAGCAGAGAGGACAGGAGAAGCACAAACGUGUAAUAAAAGAAUAUGCUAGUUUAUUUUUUCAGAUUCACCUGCUUUCAUUUCCCAUUUAUAACUAAAAAAACUAUACUUUUCUUUUUUGUAAAACCUGUGUUUAGCUGACAUGUAGCCAACUUCCAUUUUUGUGUCAAACGUCCACACUGGAUUUGUUUUUCAGUUGUUUAUUAGAUCUUUUACCCUCUUUUAAAAUCAGUGCUUGAAAGUAACUAAAUACUUAACAUGAGUAUUUCUGUUUCCUGUUACUCUAUACUGUACUUCUACCAUUCAGACUUCGAAGAUUCAGAUUGAAAAUAUAAAUUAUGAUGCUUCAUCAUAAUCUUUGAAUUUCUCAUUCAUCUUUUUCUGAACUGGGUCAUUCUGCAUGAUGACUACUUUUAUGUUUGGUACUUAGAGUAUACAGUAAUUUGAUGCUAAUACUUUUGUACUUUUACCUAAGUACAUUCUUGAAUGCAGGGCUUUUACUUUACAACAGCGUUUUUAAUAUAAAGUACUUUAUUACUUUAUUGAUAUAAAGUGUGUACGUUUUUGUUAUCGCUACACAGCCAACGUAAGCAUUUACAGCUGUUUACCUCCCAGUCUUAAAGAAAUGUUGCACCAAGAGCUGCUUCUAUUUCUAUCUCUUCUUUUCUUUUACUGAAGUAAGCAGUCCUUUCCUGUAAUACUACUCUGAUAGUGAGUCACUGUAGUGUCCAGUCUUCCCUCAGUCCAACAUGAGAGGAUGACUGUUAAUGUUAAGUAAUGCUAAUGUUGGCUAUUGUCUGUAGCGAUAGCAAAAACUUACAUACAGCACCUUUAAGUUUCAGUUAACUAUAAAAUAUCAUCAGACUAAUUCAGCAGGUUUCUUCAAUUUCAAGAUCAUUCUGUGUUAUUUAAAGUCGAGACUAAAAAGCCACAUUUCAGAAUUAAUCAAAGAAGUUUUUUAUUAAUUAAUGGGAUUUGACAAAGAUGUUAUUUUACAAAAUUAUUACGCAGUUAUCACAUAUAUGUGUCACACUAAACCUGUAUGAGAAUAUUCAUCAGUUUUGACUGUAAAUCAGCAGAGGUGUCUUAUUUAUUUUGCCCUGACCACCCUUCAUGUUUCUCAGUAUACCUUGAACUUGGUUGCAUGUUUCUCUAAACAAAAUAUUUGUCUGAUUCUGUUUUUUUUUCUUUCAAACCCAUGAAAUACAUUUUAAGCAUAAAUCUGCGUUCUUCUGUUUUCCGGUUCUUAGUAGAUUAGGAUCUAACAUUUCUUUGUCUUUCUCUAAUUUUUAUAAGAGAAACCUUUAUACAGCACAAAAAUGUGUUUAUUUGUCGAGUUAGGUUAUUUAUUAAUCUGUGAGUAAGAUAUAGCAAAUGGCACUGAGUAAAAUGAUGAAAGAGUUAAUACCAUAUGGUUCUCUGGUCUUCAGCAUCUCAAUAUAACCAAAAAGAUUUUUACAAGUGAAAUCAAUGAAGGAUAUUUUCCAUUGUGUUACUGUGAAACCUGCUGAGACAAUUCAUGUAUUAAACUCUCUAAAUUCGCUGCAGUGCUCGGUCAUCUCCUGGCUCUACUGUAUCCAUGAAACAGAUCAUUUGUGUUGAGAGGCUGGUUUACAUUGCCAUAUAAAUCACUGUCUGGAUGUAAGUAUGCUUUGUGAACAAAGGACAGCCUGAAGUUCACAGUGUAUCUGACCCAUAACUUGAUGGCAGAGGACAAACUGAUGAGCAAAGAGAGAACCUCAGUGUACAUUUUCCAGACAGCAGUUACUGUGGUACUUUCCUUGACACUCUAAUUGUUUCUCAAAUCCCACCAAUAGACCAAAACCAGUAAUGUGUUAGUCUCUUUCCCUGUACUUUACAACGCACCUACUCCAUUAUUGGUCGUAAGUCAAAAAGUGACCUUGACCUUUGACCCUUAUCAAAUGACAACUGCUGUUGUCAUCUCAGAGGUAUAAUUAGUUGUUGGUUUGGGUUUUUUCAUGGGAUUUUUCGACAGUAAGAAAAGUAUAGAAUGUUGUCUGACUUAUCUUUUUUAUUUGGAUGUAUACUGAACCAGACUUGCAGUGUAGAUACUUAAAUGUGUGCAUACUAUUGCACUGUCUAAAUGUGUCCCACUAUUUAAAAAUGUUUAUGUUUAGUUUUAUUUAUCUGUAAAGCUGUUGGACCUUCAGUUAUUGUAAAAUCAAUUAAAACACUGCAGGAUGUCGGAGAAACUCAUAUGCUGUCAUAAAUACUGGAAACACAUUAUAUGCAGAUGACAUUACUGUGUAUGUUUCUGUUAAAAUCAAGAAACACAGAGCAAGAUCCCAACAAUAAAAGCAUUUUCCUCUAUUAUC